UAUUAUUUUAAUGUUUAAAAUAAAUUAAUUGAAUUAAAAAUAAAAUCUCGUUAGUGGCCCCACCUUAGUUCUUAAUUUCAAAGUGCUUCACAUGCUUGCAUUCAGAUCUGAUCCAAAAAACCAUUUGCGGACCCUAGAUUUUUUCAUAUAACAGUUGGAAUUGAUAUAAUGGGUCGUGGAGUAAGCAGUGGUGGAGGGCAGAGUUCUUUGGGAUACCUUUUUGGAAGUGGAGAGGCUCCAAAACCAACUAAUAAUAACGUUGCAGCUCCUCCUCAAAACUUGGGACAUGUUGCGAGCAAUGGACCUGCUCAGAAGCCCGCCCCUGCUGCUGCACCUGUAGAUGCCAGCCAACAGACUCCAGCUGGUGUCCCAGGGAACAAUGCUAACAACUAUUUCCGUGCUGAUGGCCAGAACUGUGGCAACUUCCUCACUGAUCGGCCUACAACAAAGGUCCAUGCAGCUCCUGGUGGUGGGUCUUCACUGGACUACCUGUUUGGUGGUGACGGGAAAUGAGAUAUCAUAUCAUGGCAUUCCAUUGCUCACUAUUGCUGUAGGGCUGUUUCGAUUUCAGGACAAAAAAUAUUUUAAUGUGUUAAAAGUUGGAAACAAUUAUCUGUAUUGCGUAUCAUACAUAUUAUGUAGUUAUGCGUGUUUGCUUUCUUUUCCUUGAUCCCUCAGUUUCGUUUUGUGUUGACAUGAUCUCAAGGACCUGACCACUUGAUGUGUUGCUCUGGUGGCUGGACCGGUGCUCUCUGGAUCUUAUUUAUAAGUACUUUUGUUUGAACAAA